CGGGCGCUGGAUCCCCGAGUCCCCGGGCCGGGGCCUGAGGAGUGGGCACCGGGUCUGGGCGUCGAGCGGCGAGCAGCGCAGGCGGCGGCUACGCCGGAGGUGACGAAGAGCGCGGACGUAAUACAGGAGACAACAGAAUGCAACUGCUGUUCCUUUAACAUCAGAGCUAUGCACGUUACAAUAGGUGUCACUGUUUUGCUUGGUCCAAUCAUGAUUGGUGACUUCAGCUAUUGGCUCCGAGCACUGGCUGUCUGACUCCAUCUGCAGGGCUGUAAUACCUACUCUCCUCCGAUCCAUUCACCACACAACUUCAGCCGGCUGAACAGACUCGCAGGGCUCCAGCACAUCUUGCUAACCUAAUUCAGAAAACAAGCGCUACGGCUCUCUGCCUGUCAUCUUCGCUCAGUCUAGCAUUUUUCAGGUGAUCUAGGAAACUGGGUUAUUUUUAUGAGCAAAUAAGAGAAAUAGGAAUCAUGAUGGAGAUGUAUUUUGCAGACCCAGUUCUGGAUAAAACUUAAAGCCAGUUUCUAUUCAACAUAGUGAAAAGGUCACCUUGUCCGGCUGAGAAAAGAAGCAAAAUAGCAGCUUGUUGGUUUCUGUUAACAUCUUGGCUCGUGCCAGCCUCUUUCCCUUGAUGUGCGCACCAGUUUGGGAUAUCUAGCUGUAAAGAGAGACAUACUGUACUCAUGGUAGAUGACAAGGAAAAGAACAUGAAAUGUCUCACCUUCUUCUUGAUGCUUCCAGAGACGGUAAAGAAUAGGUCCAAGAAAAGCUCAAAGAAGACAAAUAGUGGCGGUGGCGGCGGCGGCGGCAGCAGCAGCAGCAGCAGCAGCAGCAGCAGCAAGUUGCCCCCAGUUUGUUAUGAAAUAAUUACCUUGAAGACUAAAAAGAAGAAGAAGAUGGCUGCUGAUAUAUUCCCUCGUAAAAAACCAGCCAACUCCAGCAGCACCACUGUCCAGCAGUACCACCAGCAGAAUCUCAGUAACAACAACCUCAUUCCAGCCCCAAACUGGCAGGGUCUCUAUCCCACCAUUAGAGAAAGAAAUGCGGUGAUGUUCAAUAAUGAUUUGAUGGCAGAUGUACAUUUUGUGGUUGGGCCACCAGGUGGGACUCAGCGGUUGCCAGGACACAAAUAUGUUUUAGCUGUUGGGAGCUCUGUGUUCCAUGCAAUGUUUUACGGAGAACUUGCUGAGGACAAAGAUGAAAUCCGUAUACCAGAUGUCGAACCUGCUGCUUUUCUCGCUAUGCUGAAAUAUAUCUAUUGUGAUGAAAUUGACUUGGCUGCUGACACAGUGCUGGCCACUCUUUACGCUGCCAAAAAGUACAUUGUCCCUCACCUCGCCAGAGCCUGCGUUAAUUUCCUGGAGACCAGCCUGAGCGCCAAGAACGCCUGUGUGCUCCUCUCCCAGAGCUGUCUGUUUGAGGAGCCAGACCUGACCCAGCGUUGCUGGGAGGUGAUCGAUGCCCAGGCCGAGUUAGCUCUCAAGUCUGAGGGAUUUUGCGAUAUCGACUUCCAAACUCUAGAAAGUAUCCUCCGCAGGGAAACUCUGAAUGCCAAAGAAAUUGUGGUUUUUGAGGCAGCACUCAACUGGGCCGAAGUGGAAUGCCAGCGACAAGAUCUGGCUCUGAGCAUUGAGAAUAAGCGCAAGGUCCUGGGAAAGGCACUCUACUUGAUCCGCAUCCCCACCAUGGCCCUGGAUGAUUUUGCAAAUGGUGCUGCCCAGUCUGGAGUUCUGACUCUCAAUGAGACCAACGACAUUUUCCUCUGGUACACUGCAGCCAAAAAACCCGAGCUGCAGUUUGUGAGUAAAGCCCGCAAGGGCCUCGUUCCCCAGCGCUGUCACCGUUUCCAGUCCUGUGCCUAUCGAAGCAACCAGUGGCGUUACCGGGGCCGCUGUGACAGCAUCCAGUUUGCGGUUGAUAAGAGAGUGUUCAUUGCCGGCUUUGGGCUCUACGGCUCCAGCUGCGGCUCUGCGGAGUACAGCGCCAAGAUCGAACUCAAGCGGCAGGGUGUCGUUCUGGGGCAGAACUUGAGCAAGUACUUCUCAGACGGCUCCAGCAACACCUUCCCUGUGUGGUUCGAGUACCCGGUGCAGAUUGAGCCAGACACCUUCUACACAGCCAGCGUGAUACUGGACGGCAAUGAACUCAGCUACUUCGGACAGGAAGGCAUGACGGAAGUUCAGUGUGGCAAGGUGACUGUCCAGUUCCAGUGCUCCUCAGAUAGCACCAAUGGCACUGGGGUGCAGGGCGGGCAGAUCCCUGAACUCAUAUUCUAUGCUUGAAAACCCCUCCCGAACCAGUGUGAGCUCUGAGGUGCACAUCUGGUUCCCACUGGCUUGAUGCUUAGCUCAUCUGCAGAGAUGUGAUCAGCGCAGGUAAUUUGUAAUGAAUGAAGCUAUAGGCAGUUUCUCAUUUCUUUCAGCCUUUUAAUUAUGUACAGGCAAAAAUGCAGCAUUCAGCUUCUAACUAUAUGCUUAAAAGAGCCAAGUUCUUAUCAAGGCUUUGUGGUUUUUAGAGUUAACGUCUAUACACCUGGAGAGAAUUUGUGCUCUUUUCCAACUGCCCCACUGACCUCCCAGUUUUGUCCCUCUUAAAACUUUCUAGAUCACCUUGAAUUUCCUUUAGGGUUUUAUUUUGACAAAUAGAAAUAAAGACUUUUAAAUAAUAAUGAAAAGAGUUAUUUUUAAAGAGAACCCCUGCCCCCCCCCCAUUACAGGUAAACCUCAGUGCACAAUUUUGAAAGAAGUUUUCCUUCGUAAUAAGUAAUAAUUUAGAAAGUAGGCAAUAGUUAUGUUUAGCUCUUAUUUUACUUCAUUUUAAAUAUUUUACUCUGGGCAUUAUUUUUUCUUAAAUCCUAAAUUCAUAAGGUUAUUAAAUGUUAAACACUGCAAAGUAUCCAUGUAAAAUAGGAGAACAGGAAAUUGGAUAUUUGCUUACUUAGGCCAUGACUUCUACUACAACCAGGUUUUUAUUCUUUUAGUUUAGGAGACAAACCUGUAAUACAGACACGUCUUUUAGAACUAACUAAAUUACACAUUUUUAUUGUCAAUAGGGAAAAAUCACAGGCCUAUUAAUUUAAACUAAAACAGCUUAUAAAGGAAACCUAAAAAAGUCCCAUUCUACCAAUAGUUUCUUUAAUGGCAUAAUAGAAUACACUGUUUGAAAAAGCCAGUCUUUUCCCCACUUUGCUUCUGAUCCCCACUAUUUGCUUGUUUUUAUGUUAUACUGUAUGGAAUUUUUAAUCCCUUUUUCCCAUGAAAAGAGGACCAAACAAUUCUUCAGAUGUAUGGAAUAACCACUAGUUUUGUAGCACUACAUGUUAAUAUAAUAAGAUACUUUUAUUCAUUGAUUUUUCUUUUUUUUUUAAAUUCCAAAAUACACUCUACCUGAUCUGCUUUGACCACAUACUAUCAUCUUCGUUAAUUAUAGUUAUGUCCUGUUCCUAGACUGCUAGAAUUUGGCUUUUGGCCAUUGUAAAGUGCCAAUAUAUGCCUGCAGGGUUUUAAAAAAAAAAGGUCCUGAGCAAUACACUUGAUGGUACCUAAAUAUUCACUGCAUCAGCAUCACAUCCAGCCCUCUUAUUUAUACAUGGUUCAUGCAAACAAAGGAGGGAAAAGCUCAUCUCAACAUUCUCCUUCAGUGAUGGCUUGUGAUGGUUUAGUGCCUGUGACCCUGGUAGUGUCCAAUUUGUUCACUUCCAGUUGAAGUAUCCAUGUGUUUCUGGGCAGCUUUUCUGCUCAGUGUGAUCCUGAGAUGGCUUCCCCCACCACCCAGAGUGUGGUCCCUGGCCACCUCCUUCUCCUGCUCUGCAGGUCCCUAGCUGACUUGUCUGGAGCCAGGGGUUAGUCCUGGGGUGGGCGGGUGUGUGCGCGUUGUGGGCGUCCGUGUGCGUCCAUGUGCAUGCAAGUGUGUUUGCCGACUCAGGAAUUGUCUCCUCCCUGCCUGGCCAGUGAGAGGUGGGACAGAAAUGGUUCCCCUGCUGGCCCUAGCAAGGCCCUGGGAAGUGACUACCCUUAUCUGAUUCACUGUGCUUCUGGGCCACCUUUUCCCCCAUAGACGUUGCUUUUGGCCAGCUUCCCUGGUGGAGGAGAACACUGGAUUAUGGGAAAUGUUUUAAUCAUGUUUGCCAUUACCUAUGGCUGUUAGCAUAGGUGAUCAAAAGCUGUUACUGGUGAUUAUAGAUGAGUACUCCCAGGACAACUUUCCAAAAUUACCUAACAAUUAUUUCUUAUUAGGAAGAUGACAGAGAGUAGUUUUGGCAAAGUAUCUAUGAAAUAAAGGUUAUGUUUCCAAUUUAAAAAAUACUUCUAUAAAGGAUUUUGCUUCUAAAUUAUGAUUAAACAUUUCAGUAACUCAAAGCUACCAUGCAAAUUGGUAGGCUGUAUACCUGGUUAGAAGGCACUCAUUUUUAAGCCAGAGGAGAAGAAACUUGAUUUAGCACUAAUGUCAUCAUCUCAGAUUGUUGAGGUGGGUCUGAUAACCUUAGAGUGAAGAUUGUUCAUUUGGUAACAUUCACUGUCAGUGUUCUGGUUAGCAAGAUGCCCUCCACGUGGGUAGGGAACUGCUGUGGGGGGAAAGCUGAGGUAGAUCGUGUACACUGGGGGUAUGAGAGCUUGGUUUUAUGUUAAUUACCAUUAGCUAAAAAAGAAAAGACAUAUCCACCACCUGAUUGGCUGGUGCUGAGAGCCGUGGGUUAAAUUUGAAAACUGUAUUUAGAAUAAGAAAUUUUGUAUUUUAAAUCCUAUUCUCCCUUUUGCAUUUUCAACAACAUGGAAUGAAAGCUAACAUGCUUGCUUUAUUUUCUUUGGUAAUCUCGAAUUUUGUAGCUUUUAAAAACUAGAAACCAUUGUUCUGACAAGGCAGGCAACUCUAGUGUAUAAACACAACUUUAUUAAACAGAAUAUUCUGUAGAUGCUUAUCCCAAUAUAUCUGGCAGUCUUUGUCGUUGUUCAUACUGGGGAUAAAGGAGAACUAGGCUAGCGGUUCUAAUGUAACAUUCUUUAAGCAUAUCUUAAUAUAGUAUUUAAGUAAAUGGUCUAAUUUCUACAUAAUUAUUGCACUGAACUUUCUUUUUUUUUUUGUUUUUUUAAGGUGUUUAAAUAAGCUUGGCUAAUUCAAGACACUGGCCACUUGUGCAUCAGAGUGCUUGAAUUUAGUAGCUUACAGCAUUAUUUAUGAAGGAAAAAUAUAUAAAUAUGAAGUACCUCAUGUUGAAUGUUAUUGUACUGUAUUUUUAAUGUAACAGUGCAGAUCUUGUUAGACACAUGAAUGUGUAUAAUCAUGUUAAAAGCAAAUAAAAAUAAAAUUGGUUCAUAGAUUUGUUUUCCUUAGCAUUUUUUUAGGUCCCUUGAAACAGUAAAAAAUCAAUUCUGACACUUUUGGUGCCACUACGUUUUACAGAGAUGGUUUUGCAGGACUAUUUGUUUGCUAAGUAUUCACAUAUCUUUGAUCCCUAAAGAUGUAAAAAUUUGAGGCAAAAGCAUACGAGAACAAUGAAUAUGUUAAUCAAUUGCAUUGUUCAAAGCCUGACUGUGACGUUAAUGAGAGGAAGUGAAUGGGUGCAUUUAUAUUCCCUAUAUGGAACCGUGCUUUGCUGGCAUUCUGAUGCUAUAGUUGCUCACAUGUCUGUGGAUCUGGCUGUACUAAGGGGGUGUGGAUACAUCCAGCUUUAGAUGUAACCUGUGCUGCUUGUUCCUGCUGUGUUAUAAUAGCUUAAGUCUCUGAAUGAAAAAAAUAAAUAACUUAUGGGAAUUUUGAAUAUAA